AUGUUUGACGUAAAAAUUGACAAUGGAGCACAUCUAACCAAAAUUGUGUCAGUACUUUUAUUUCUUAAAUAAGCCCAAAAUUUUUGAUAACAGUGCACGGUUUAUAUUCUAUAGUUGAUGUAUUUAAUUAAUGGCUUCAAUAAACUAUUCCUAAUGCAGUAUUAUAAGUGGGUUAUUCAACACUGGAAUUCAAGUAAUAACAUUUUGAUAUCGAUGAUAACUCCAACAUAAAAACAAUAUAUAAGUAUAUUAUGUAGUACCCUUAAAUAAAUUUCUAAAUAAUUCCAAGUUUUAAUUGACGUAAUGGGUAUUUGUUGGUGUAAACAGAAAAAUGAAGAACGUGACACAUACAUACCACAAUCACCAAAUCACCUUCAAAUACUUAACAUCGCACAAUCUGGAUCUCCCCAGUAUCCUUUUAAAGUGUCGAAAAUACCAGAUGUCGAUAUGUUAGUGCUUGAAACUUUGGGAGUUAUUGCUACCUUGGUUGAUAAUGAACAGGAACCACCCAAUUCUAUGCUACUUUUACAUAACAUAGCAGAUAAUGAAGAAGGUUGGAUCCAGGUUGUAAAUUCUAUGAUAAAUGUUAUACCUAUGCAAGACCCAUUAGGACCAUCUGUUAUAACAUUACUUUUAGAUGAUUGUCCAUUACCAUCAAAAGAAUCAGUAUUUAAGGUAGUUAAUAUGCUUGACCUGUCUAAAAAAGCUGCAGUGAUAGGUAGAUCAAAUGCUCCUAGGCAAAGGAAUAUAUGUGUUGUAUUGGGUUGUAUUGCCGAAAAAUUAGCAGGUCCAAGGAAUAUGGAGAUAUUAAAUGACGGUAUAAUUGAUUACUUAUUGACAAAUUUGGAUCCAGCCACAGAUCCCAAUGUAAUAUUGUUCUCCUUAAUAGCUAUAGAAAAGUUCGCUCAAACUAGCACAAAUAAGAUUACGAUUGUUAAAAAAAUUGAAAAUCUUCCAUCUAAUCCUAUACAUUUGCUUGAAUCUUGGAAAGAGGAAAAACAUUAUACGAAAAGACAAGUUGGAUUUUGUGCUCAAUGGAUUCUUGACAAUCUAUUUGUAAUGGAAAAUCGACAAUACAGCUACCUAACUGUUAAUAUGGAAGGAAUAAACGCAAUGUUAAAUACCUCUGACGUUAGUGAAUAUCUCAAAAUAUCUCCAGAUGGAUUAGAGGCUCGAUGUGAUGCAUAUUCUUUUGAAAGUGUGCGGUGUACAGCUCAAGCUGACAAUGGAAUAUGGUAUUACGAAGUUUGUAUUAUUACCCCAGGUGUAAUGCAAAUUGGAUGGGCAACUAAAAAUAGCAAUUUUUUAAAUCACGAGGGUUAUGGUAUUGGAGAUGACAGGUUUUCUUUGGCUUAUGAUGGUUGUAGAAGAUUGAUAUGGUACAAUGCAAAAUCUGAUCCCCAGAACGUACCAAGAUGGCAAUCAGGAGAUAUAUUGGGAUGCCUUUUGGAUCUAAAUAAUCAACAGAUUAUAUUUUCAAUAAACGGAGUACCCCUACCACCAUGCAUACAUGUAUUCACGAUGGCGAAGUCUGGUUUUUUCGCUGCAGCAAGCUUCAUGUCAUUCCAACAAUGCCGAUUUAAUUUCGGUGCCGAACCAUUCAAGCAUCCUCCUAAUACGGACUAUUCAACAUUCAACCAACAAGGAUUCCUUCGGUCUGAAGAUAAAAUCGUUCUACCUAGGCAUAUAUUUCUCAAUCAACUUAGAGAGCAAAAUAUUGGUGAGGAUAGUUGUACGUUGUGUUAUGAUCAAAAGGCAUCAAUUCGAUUGCUCCCUUGUGAACAUUCUGGUUUCUGCUCGUCGUGUGCCAAACAGCUGAUAGAAUGUCCGAUGUGUAGGUCUCCGUUUCGUGAAAUAGAAGAAUAUCCUCAAUCUUUAUGACAUACAAGAUGCCGUUGAACACUAACAAUGUUGAUAUGUUUGAACGAAAUAGGAAUUAGUAUGAACAAGUUCUGUUAUAAAAUAACAAUGAUUAUGUGUACAAAUUUUCUGCAUUAAAAGCAAAAAUAACACGGGUUCUUAUUAAAAAAAUAUUUAUUUAUUAUGAUAUUUUCACUUAUUAUCGUUUUAUUUUUUAUUUGAUUAAAAAACAAUUUAUUUGUGUUUACUGUACAUAUUGCUACGUUUUAGAUUUGAAAUUUUAAGUUCCCUUGUUAUUCAUUAUGGUACAGAAGAAAUUCACAUUAUUUUUGUGAUAUUUCGACAAUAACCCAGUGAGAGAGAAAAAUUAGUCACCUGUAUUCAAACAGUACCUAAGUAAUGGUGACAUUUUUCCAAAUUUUUUUGUUAUAGCCAUAGCAAUUAAGGGGAUGCCCCAAAAUGGAAAACAAGCAACCACGUUUUUCAAUUGAUCCUUCGUUAGUUUUAGAUCAACACGAAUAGGAGCAAAACAUCAAUAUACUGGGGGAAUCACUGAAAAGUUCUUAGACUAGCAUGAAAAAAUCUUUUUUAUAUAGCAUUUGAUUAUAUUGUUCAAUAUAGUUCGCUCCGUUGGUAGAAAAGUGACACAACUCAAAAUUAGUAAAUGUUCGGUAGGGUUUGAAAAUUUGGAAGUUAACAUCUAACAAGGUAUAAAAAACAUUUUAUUCGACACUUUUUUAUGUUAUAACUCUAAGUAAUAACGCAUUCUUUAGUAUGGUUUGAUGUUCAAUAUAAAGAAAAUUCUAGCCCUUAUUCGAGUUGUGACACUUUUUCAAAAAACUUGACCUAUUGAUGUCGGUUUUAAUUUAUGUAUGAUUGUUAUGAAAACUGUGUUAGAUUAUAAUUUUAAGAAAAUCCUAGUCCUAAUAUGAAAAUAUACAAUUGAAUUCAUAAAAAAAUUGUAUACAAAUUAGAAAUUGUUUGUGUAAAACCAGAUUAUCCAAAUGAUUGUUCGUUGGAGGUUACCGACCGUCAUAUAUUAUCAAAAAAUUAAAAUAUAUAUAGAAAAGUGACACAAUCCUAAAUUUACCUUAUAUGUAAACUGACAUAAAACCAAGUCAGUCGAAUUUUCACAAAUACGACAUUCUUUCAUGGGAUUAAAAUCACAACUGCCACUUUUCUAUGGAAGCAAAAGGUUGACCACUAAAAUGAACAAACCAUACUUCCACCUCCUAGCGGCGAUUAGUGAAAUUGACACUUAUGUGGCUUUUUCACCUAAAUCUGUUGCGGUUUUAGGUUGGUUUCAACUAAUUUCGAAUAUGAUGAAUUCUGACUUGUGUCACAUUUCUACCAACGGACUCUUAGAACGCGUUACAACGCUUAUAGCGGUCAUAAAAUUACAAAUACUUUCGUAUUCUUCUAAGCGAUAUUACCUCUUUUGUCUUGUUCGAUAUCAUUCCGGCUUUCCGAGCUCAGCUCAGCAAAUAUACUGAAAUUUCAAAAGUAGCCUUUGUACGUAGAUAUUGGGGUAACAUACACUGCGACCCAAAGGAUCUAUUAUGUCCCCCUUUUUUGCUGCAAUAUUGGAGAAUCCAGUGUUUACAGCUGAUCUGUUAAUACCAUUUUUUUAGUAUGUCUGUAGCUGCCAUAAAUCUUCGUCUUCUAUUUUAUACACUCCCAGGUGUAGUGCUCUGGAGUUUUCCUCAAUACAUUGUACAGUAAUUUUAUUUUUCUUACCUAGUUCGUUUACUUUUUCUAGGAUAUUAUGAUAUUAGAGCUUAAAGCUCUAAUGGUUACUUGGCUAUUGGAUGAUGUUCUCCUGUUUGGAAUAGUUCCAAAAGUAGCCUUGAAAAGGCUGUUUAUAGUGGUAUCACAUAUUUUAUUUAUUGUAUUUUCAUCUUUCUUUUUGGUUAUUUUUUCUAUUAAUUUCUCUCCGUUAUAUAGUGUUAAUUUGGAAAUGUAUUACCCUAUAAGAUAUUAAAACGAGUAGAAAAAGUUGCAUGUAAAAUGAGUUAAUUUUAUCUUAAUUUUGGCACAUCUACAGCUAUGCAGGACACUCUAGCUCGCUACAUACUUCCUGUGAGUAAAGUUAUACUUAUUUUUAAGGGAGCAGUUUGUAGGUUGAUUUUUUUAAACUUCAGAUAGGGAAAGUGACAGCUCCUGGAAACCUUAUUUUAAAGGUAGUCUAAGGUACCUUUUCAAAAAUAUCCAAUACUUACAUAUAUUUCAAUACGAAUUAUUUGGAUACGAAUUUGUUGUAAUAUUGUGGCAAAGAAAUACUAAAAUCUUUAAUAAUAUUCUGAGCUUUUGAAUACUUUCAUCAUCGGAGACUGAAAAUAGGAUUAAAGUAUAAUGUAGAAAUUCAAUUUAUGUUAACUGUCAUUUUGAGUCAUGUGUAUUCAUUAAUAUUUAUACAAAAUUCAAGAUACCAAAAUUCUCGAUUAAAUGUACAUAAUUCUACAUUAUGUUUUGACCAUAUUUUCAGCUCCAGAUGAGGAAUACCCUUUAAGCACCGACGUGCAUUUUUUAUAACGUUAGUGCCGACGUGAGGCCGCUUAUAUUAUGUAGUGUUUUUUAAAGAAAGUGUUGAUUUAAAUAUUUGUCUCUGCAGUAAAAUGGAAAAUAAAAGGUUUUAAGAAAAAAUAGAUAUAGAAAGAAAAUAAACUUUAUUAUAUUUUUAAAUUAAGGACUACAAUAAUAUUUUGCUUGAAUUUUGAGGGAAAAUCCGACAAUUAGAUAUAAAAAAUCAUAACACAAAAACAAAUCCUCUCAGAAUAACAAAAAAUAGUAUUUCUUACAUAAUAUAACUUUAAGAAAAAAAAUAGUAGGAACAUAAAAAUUCUGGAAAAAAAUGUCUACAGUCGAACUACACCUUAAAUUCUAAGCAGUUAGGGCACACUUGUUUCAUGCACUGUAAACAAAUGUUUUUUGCACGAAUAGCACGUAAACGUCGAUUUUCUUUUGGAGUUUAGGUUGACAAGAAAAACAAGUCUUGCGUGUCUUGACUUCUGCUUGAUCUUCAGAUGCCUCUGGCUUAUCAGAACCAAGUACUCUUGCCAAACUCAUCCUAAGUUCACGAGGCAAUCUUAGGUUACAAAAUUUUCGCUUUAUGUGCUCUAAUAUCAACUAUCGUGCUAAUUUUUUUAUAAAGGCUCCUCUAUCAGUUUGUCUUCCGACAUGUACAUCAUGUAAAAUGUGAGAAUUUACGGAACUUAUAUCUAAAAUUAGGUAAAAAAUUGGCCAGAGUCUUGAUCGGCGGCUGCAAGUGUAUAUAGAGCAUUUCUUAUCUAUUUCAUCUAUACCACCUUUCGUAGAAUUAUAAAACUUUAUAAUUUCUGGCUUCCCUGAGUCCGUAUCUGUUUCUUCAGUAUGAUGCAUUGAUGAAGCCAAAAUAACUGCUUUUCCCUUCUUGGGAACAUGAGAUAAUAACGUUGUGUCUUUUGUAAAACCAUAUUAAGUUGAUUUUUCUGGUCUCGUUUUAGCGGGCAAGAACUCUGAGGGUAUUUCCCUUUUGUUACCAUACCUACACAGGUCAAGCCUCUCUAUUUCAAUGCAUCAAUUAGUUGUAUUGACGUGAACCAAUUGUCACACAUUAUAUUUUUAUUACUGCCAUGUAACAGUUCAAACGAAUCACAGCCUGCGUAGGAACUAAAAACUUUUUUUCUUCAUCUGAUAAUAUUUCUCUUCCAGUACUAUCAGUAGCAAAUAUUAAAUCUGCGUCUUGGUGGUUAGAUUUGAAUACAGCUGUGUACAUCAAUAGGCCAAUAAAAGCUUGCAACUCAAUCAUAUCAGUAUCCUUUAGUUCUGGGCGAUCCUGCUUUGUAUAUUUACAUCUGUAUUCAGCCAGCUUCUCAUUGGUUCUUAGCAUAAUCUCCGAUAACAUUUCGCCAUUUAUAUAUUGUUUCCAUAAAGAAUAAGGAUCCUUUCCAUCAUUUUCGGUCAAAUUGGAGGUAGGUACUCGGUUAAUAAUAUUAUGUUGUGGAGUUCUAACAGAUGAUCUGUUUGGAAGUGAUUUAGACCACUUAUAUUUAUUCUUUCCUCUAAAACAUCCCAGCCUUGAAAGCGGAACAUCUUCAUCUGAUGACGAUGACGGCGCGUCCAGGUGUUCAGGUUGAGUUUCUUCGGUAUCAGAAAUAUCAGUGCUAGUAUCUGUAUUAUGCUCACUGUGCUCGGGUCAAAAAUCUUCACUAACGUCGUCAACCUCAGAUCCGCGAUCCAGCUCUCAAUCACUCGCGUAUAAUUUGGAUUAGACACAUUUAUACCUAUCCGAAGUCUCUUUGAAUGCUGUAAAUCUGUUGUGGAACUAUUUCUCUUACUACCUGAAGAAGGUCCUGGUCUAUCCAUAGUUUACAAUAUCUGUAAAAAUAACAGUUUACCGUAACAAAGAAAUAAAACAGAAAAACUUACGUAAGUACUUAAAGGUUAAAUAAGAUUUCAAAAAGCUCGGGAUAUAUAUAUAUAUAUAUAUAUAUAUAUAUAUAUAUAUAUAUAUAUAUAUAUAUAUAUAUAUAUAUAUAUAUAUAUAUAUAUAAAUGUGUCGUCUUUCAUUGUCACAAUCCCACAACAAUUACACUCAUUACAUAGUUGAAUGUUCGAAUUCAUAUAAAUUAUUUGUGUUUGAAUGGUUGUUGUUAUAAUACAUAACAGGUGUAUAUAUUCAUAAAAAUUAUAAAAAUGUUCUAUUUUUCUUUAAAAAUCAUAUGAAUUAUAAAUAUAUUUCAACGUUAUUCAUUAUCUGUUUUAGUUUUAUUUCAAUAAACUAUUUUAGUAUUUCAUU